ACGAGUUCCACCAAAUAAGAACACAGCAAGAGCUCAUAAUUGACAAUGCUGGAACAGUCCCAUCAUCAUCAACGAAGAACCAAUGUCGAUAUCCUAUCUGGCGCUCGGCGCCCAAACUACAAAUGGCAGAUCCUAUCUAGCCUAGACUACAAUGCCGCUGAUGACGUCAACAGCUCCCCGAAGUACGAGCACAUAUUGGCCAAUGCCGUACGCUUCAAGCACCAGGUGUUCCCAGAGAUAACAUGGAUUAAUUACAACAUGAGUGCCGACUCAGGGAAAAUGCCUUUGGUGCUAAGAGGUUCAGGGUUCAGCACCAAUAUAUCCAGGAUAUCAAUCACAAUCGGAAACGCUCCUUGCACGGUGGUGCAAAGCUCAGGGAAACAAAUAACCUGUCUUACUCCAGUGAGGCCAAGUAACGCUCCUGUCAGGCAAUUAUAUUUGGGAAGUCGAGGGAUCGUACAGCAGUAUUGGGGGGGACUGGGCAGUGGGGGAGUGGAGACCCUCAGAAGUUCCCCCAAAUAUCAGAGUAACUCUGCUGCAGGAACACAAUUUGUCAGGGAUAUAAUGGAGAGCACACUGAUUGGAAUGAACAGAUUUGGACAAAGGCUCCAGGCCUUUUUUGUUGCGCCAACGACAGGGAGUUACGUCUUCUACAUUGCUGCCUAUGAAAUGGGUGAGCUUUGGAUAACAGACAUCGAAGCAGGUGGCACUCCACGGAUGGUGAGAUGUGGCACCUACUCUUCUUCUCUCGCUUGUCCUCCUGCUUCUCCUCUUGUUUCCUCCUGCUCCUCCUCGCCCCCAACACAGGAAAAUGGGAUCUGGAAGUUCCAACCCUCCGCAUCCUGUCUGCGUGUUGCAAUCUCAGAAACUGCAGACACUUUCGAGAAACCCUGACCCAUAGACACACACCAAUCUGUUUUCCUCAAACAAUUAGGCAGGUACGAUCAGGAUUGUCAAAACCUGUUAU